GGAAAGGAAAAAAGUUUCAUUUAAACCCGGACGACAAACUUCAGCAUGAAGCCUCACUGACGGCGCCAAAGCCGCGGCUGUCAGCAACGCAUUUCACCGCCGAUUUUUACAAGCAUUACAGCGCUAUAACAUAGCUUCGUUUUUCCAUUGAAUAUUUUUUUCCUGCUUGUGUUUUUCCUCUGUCUGUAUUUUUUUGUGUGAUAGUGUUCUGUGCGUCGGUCAGUGUCCCUGUCUAAAAUGUUCAAGUGACAAUGGCUGCGCAAGUGGCAUCAGCACCGACAUUAACUAAUAAUAAGAAUAACACAUUGUCUGGCAAUUUGGGUCAAGAGAUACAUUCAGGGAAAUCAGGAGGAGGAAAUAUAUCGAGAUCUGGAGAAAUGCUUGGAGCUGUUGAUGGGACUAACACAAUGAAUAAUGUUGAUCACCACCACCGAAAUGAGCUCAACAUGGUCAAUUCAACUUAUUCUCCGAAUAACAAUUCUGACACAUCGGAGAAGGAUAGUGGAAAUAACGUCACUUCGUCAGAUUCGACGAUAUCUCCGGGGAGGAUGGAAACCGGGUUGAUAGAGAACCAUAAACUGAAAAAUGUUGGGAGCGGAGAUCCCCUUCAGCACCCCACACCGCCGCAACAGCAGUCACAAUUUAACCCGUUUCCUCAGCAUCAGCAGCGCCAGAUACAAAGUAACAACAACAACAACAGCCAAGCAACAAGGGGAGAGAGUGAGAAUCACCAUCACGGAGGGAAGGAGGGUGUUUUGGGUAGCCAGUCAGAGCAGCAGAUGCUAAAUAAAGGUGAUGGGGAUCAUACCUGUAAACCAGGGGAGCGGAUGGGUGCUAGGUAUGAACAUUCCAACUUGGGACCAACGACCAACAACAUCAUCAGCCAGCCCCAGAGCGCGGGAGGAAACAGCGAGUUUAAUAACUACUAUGGCACUUCCAGAGUAGGGCCCUGCUAUGAUCAACAUGGCGGACAACAAAGCACAGGGAUGGGGAUGAUGCACUCUUCGGGACCCAACAACAUGGACCCAGUGCACAACUCCCAAGAAGGGUACCACAACAGCCACUACAACCACUAUCCUGGCUACCGGCAGGGCUACUGUGGCGCGGGCUAUGGCAUGAUGGCCCCGUCCAGACAGGGCAGUAACAUGCUGAUUGGCCCUGGCAGCAACACUCCAGCUGGCCAUGUCAAGGCUGCUAUGGGAGCUGCUGCCUGCGGUUCUGGUGGAAGUGUUGGGGUCUUUCAGAGAUUCCCAGGACAGAGUCAGCAUCCUACCGGGGCCACCCCGACACUAAACCAAUUACUGACAUCUCCAAGUCCAAUGAUGCGAGGUUAUGGCAGUGGCUAUCAAGACUAUAACAGUCCCUCUGCACAACAACAAGAUGGCAUCGGCCUGGGCAAAGACAUGACUUCUCAGUAUGGCUCCACAACCCAUGGCUGGCCAGGGCAACAGAGAAAUCACCCGUCCAUGAGUCCUGGAAACGGAGGGCCAGGUAUCAGCAGACCACAGGUGGUCUCUAAGGACUUCAUGGCUAUGAAGCGCUCCCAGCUCUAUGGGAUGGGCAACAACCCCUACUCUCAGCAGCAGCAGGGUGGGCCCUAUCCCAACCAGCCAUACGGAUCGCCCACUCCACACCGAUACCCAAUGGGGAUGCAGGGGAGGGGCCAGGUGGGCAUUGGCGGGAUGCAGUACCCUCAACAGCCGCAGGGUCCCCCCCAGUAUGGCCAGCAGGGUAUAGGAGGAUACAGCCAGCAGCAGCAGCAACAGCAGGGAACGACCCCGGGACCCUACUUCAGUCCCCCCCAGCAGAACCCUACCGCCCCCCCUUCACAGCCCCCCUACCUGCCACCCCACGCCCCACCUCAGCAGGAGGCUCCUCGGGAGAGUUACGUAGGCAGGAGUCAGCAGCAAGCCCCAGGGAAUUCUGGGAAGGCCAACCAAGAGGACAUGGGUCUGAUCUCGCAGGACCGCCCCUCCAGCCUCCCAGACCUUUCUGGCUCCAUAGAUGACCUCCCUACAGGUACAGAGGCUGGUCACAGUUCAGCCAUCAGUGCUACAGGCUCCACCAGUAGCCAGGGGGAGCAGAGUAACCCAGCCCAGUCACCCUUCUCACCCCACGCGUCACCCAACCUGUCUGGUCAAGGCAGCGGCCCAUCGUCCUCUCCUGUUGGGUCCCCUGUGGGCUCCAACCAAUCACGCUCCGGCUCUGGCCCCAUCUCCCCUGUCAGCGGCCCAACCACAGCACCAGGUUCCCAGAUGGCCCCCCAGACUCCUGGCAACAUGUUGGAUGUUCCCCACCCCCCCUUGACCCAGUCCCCCAUGCCUCAGGAAAGGGGCUUUAUGUCCAACAUGCAGAGAAACCAGUCUGGCUCCCAGUUUGCACCACCACCUCAGUCAGGGCCCUCCAUGCCCCCUCACCCCUCUCCUGGUCCUGGGGGACAGAUGUACCCAGGGAUGGGGCCCUACCCCCAUGGUGGCUCCAGUGGCCCCUAUGGACCCCAGGGAACCCAGGCAAACCAGUAUGGACCCCAAGGAAACGACCCACGUCCACCCAACUACGGCGGGACCCCCAGUGCCAACUACAGCAGCCCCGGGCCAGGCUCUGGCAUGACCAACAGCCAGGGUAUGAAUGCCAGCAGCCCCAUGCACGGCCAGGGUCCCGGGCAGCCUAUGGGCCGCAGUCCUGGUGUGGGCAGCCGGCCCUACCCCAACAUGGCCCCCAGCUCCCCCAGUAUGCCCCAGCCAGCCGGCCCUGGGAUGGGCCCUCCUUCACUGGGCAAUGUCAACCGCAAGGCCCAGGAGGCAGCCGCCGCUGUCAUGCAGGCCGCAGCGAACUCUGUACAGGGCAGACAGGGCAGCUACCCAGGCCCUGGCAUGAACCUGAUGGGAACAGCAGGAUCUGGAGCCCCCUACAACCAGUCACCAGGCAACAACUCAGGCAUGGGCACACCACAGGGUCCACCCUACAACAUGCCACCCUCAGGGGCCGUGGGGAUGGCUGUGAGUGGGAUGAUGAAUCCUGAUGGGAAGCAGAAAACAGGUGGCAAGGAGGAGAACAUGCCCACCAAUGAACCCCCAAAACUAAAGGAUGGGCACAGUGGAUCCCAGUGUGUCUCCCAGCCCACCACCCCUGGUGCCAUGCUUGUCCCCUCUCCCCUGUCCCCCAGCCCAGCCAGCCUGUCCUCCUACCAUGGGGAUGACAGUGACAGCAUCAGCAGCCCCAUCUGGCCAAAGACUCCCUCCAGCCCUAAGCUCAACUCGUCCACCAUGACUAACGAACGAAUCACGCGCCUGUAUGAUAUGGGUGGGGAGCCGGAGAGGCGUGGCUGGGUGGACCGGUACCUGUCCUUCAUGGAGGAGAGGGGUACACCUGUCCCCCACCUUCCCGCCGUGGGCAAGAAGCCCCUGGACCUCUGCAGACUCUACAUGGCUGUCAGGGAGAUAGGGGGCCUAGCCCUGGUGAACAAGAACAAGAAGUGGCGUGAGCUGUCCACCAAUCUGAGUGUUGGUACCUCCAGUAGCGCCGCCAGCUGUCUGAAGAAGCAGUACAUCCAGUACCUGUUUGCCUAUGAGUGUAAGGUGGAGCGGGGAGAGGACCAGCCGGCCGACAGCAACACUGGGACUGGGGGGGAAAACAGGAAGCAGGCCAAGGUGCAGCCGCCCUCUCCUGCUAACUCAGGGUCCGUUCAGGGCCCCCAGACCCCCCAGUCAUCAGGCAGCAGCUCCAUGGCAGAGAUGUCAGGUGACCUGAAGCCUCCCACCCCAGCCACCACCCCCCAGGGACAGGUCACCCCCAUCCCAGCCAGCAGGAGCAGUGUUGUGAGUGUGCAGGACCCGUUCUCUGAGGUGAGCGACCCAGCCUUCCAGAAACGUAACUCUCUCCCCCUGGUGGGCUCUGGGGGUGUGUACCAGCAGGGGGUCAACUUGCCCCCUAACAUGAUGAUGAGGAUGCAGUACGAGAAGGACCCCUUCGUUGGCAUGAGAAAGGUGGCAGGAGGGGAGCCCUACAUGCCAGGCCAGAUGAUCAGUGGUGGCAUACAGGAUAUGUAUGGCAGGUCUACAUCAGGCAUGGGCCAGCGCUGCCCCUACCCAUAUGGACCAGGCUACGACAGGAGACCAGACCAUCUGAUGGGGAUGGAGGGGAGCAUGGGCCCCCCCGGGAACCAGAGCAACAUGGGACCUUCCAACAGCGAGGGCAGCAUUUACUCUCCCAACAGAUACCCCUCGCAGCAGAGACACGAAGGCUACGCGCAGCAGUACCCUGGCAUGUCAUAUGGAAUGCACCCCUCAGGGAUGUACCCUCAACAACAGCGCACCAUGGAGAGCAUGUACGGGUCCCCAGGCAAGAGACAUGAGGGGGAGAUGUAUGGCCCCCCAGCAAAGAGACAUGAGGGGGAGAUGUACGGCCCCCCAGCAAAGAGACAUGAGGGGGAGAUGUACGGUCCCCCAGCAAAGAGACAUGAGGGGGAGAUGUACGGCCCACCAGCAAAGAGACAUGAGGGGGAGAUGUACGGCCCCCCAGCAAAGAGACAUGAGGGGGAGAUGUACGGCGCCCCAGCAAAGAGACAUGAGGGGGAAAUGUACGGCCCUCCAGCAAAGAGACAUGAAGGGGAGAUGUACGGCCCCCCAGCAAAGAGACAUGAGGGGGAGAUGUAUGCCAUGCAGUAUAGGGGCCAGCAGCCUGACAUGUACAACCACUACACCACUGGUUACUCUGGACCUGAGAGGAGGCCCAUGCAGGGCCAGUUCCCCUACCCUUCCCCUUAUAGCCGAGAACGCAUGCAGGCCUCUGGCCAGGGGCAGCACCCCAUGGGCCCCCAGAUGAUGUCCGGGGGGCCACCCUCUAACAACGGAGUGGAAGGUCCCCAGGGGCCCAACAUGUGGCCCUCCAGGACAGACAUGGGUUAUCCCUACCCCAACAGACAGGGGGCACCCUCCCAGGUACCGCCAUACGGUCCUAUGGGGAGAGGAGAUGAUUUGGAGGGCCGACCCAUCCAGGAUGGUCAGUGGCUUGGGCACGGAGGCCAUCGCCAGUCCUCCUACAUGUCAGGUGGUAUGACCCCCAUGUCCUCCCGCCAGCCCCCCUCUGCAUACCAGACCUCCCCCUCCAUGGCCAACCACCUGCCCCGAGCCCCCAGCCCCGGCUCCUUCCAGCGCUCCAUGGAGGCACGCAUGUCCCCCAACAAAGCUGUCUUUAUGGGCUCCAUGAAGAUGCCAGGCAAACCAGGGAUGCCCAUGCCAGGGCAGGGUAAUGGGCACCCAGGCCAAGUCGCACCUAACCUGCUGAGAGAUCUCAACUACCCUCUAGGAUCUGUAGAGGCUACCAUGCCCGUUUUCAAGCCACGUCGCAAAAUUACCUCAAAAGACACUGGAACCCCAGAGGCGUGGCGAGUGAUGAUGUCUCUGAAGUCAGGUCUGCUGGGUGAGAGUACGUGGGCCCUGGACACCAUCAACAUUCUGCUGUAUGAUGACAGAUCUGUGGCCUCCUUCACCCUCACACAGUUGCCUGGCUUCCUGGAGCUGAUAGUGGAGUACUUCAGACGCUGUGUGAUGGAGAUCUUUGGCAUCCUGGAGGAGUAUGAGAUAGGGACCAUCGGCCAGAAUACCCUCCUUGGGGCUGAAGCCUGUGACCAGGGGGAGGAGCUGACCUCUGAACCUGAGAUGGACUGUGAGGCCAGCCCACCAGAGCCUGAGCAGGAGCAGGAGGUGGAGAGGGGGGAGACGGGGAAGGGGGAAGUAGAAAAGGGGGAAGAGAAACCUGUUGACAUCACAGAGAAAAUGACAGCGGAAGGGAUGUCACCCCUCAGUGCAACGGAACCAGCUCCUGAGGGAACGAAGGAGGAAUCUGAAGCCGAGAUGAAGGUGAAGAAGGAAGAGGGGGAGAAAGAAAAGGAGGGGGAGAAAGAAAAGGAGGGGGAGAAAGAAAAGGAGGAGGAGAAAGAAAAGGAGGGGGAGAAAGAAAAGGGGAAAGAGAAUGAGGAGAGUGAAAAGCCAACCGAGAGUAAGGAAGCCUCAGCUGAAAGUAAGGAAGACUCUUCUUAUCAGGCUCCUUCAGAGCACGAGCCAAGGCCACAACAGGCCAGCAAGUACGACAAAUUCCCUGUCAAGAUCCUGCACAAAGAGGACCUGAUUGAGGACACGACAGAGCAGCUGGGUCACGUGACAGAGUUCACUAGCGGACUGCUCCACUGGCAGGCAGGCGGGGGUGAUUCCACCGCCCACAUCCAGGCCCACUUUGAGCGCAGGGGAGAGCACCCUGACAGGAUGGAUGGAGAGAGAGAUGAAUGUGCCAGUCUCAAUAAAGAAAAGGACACAGAGGGGGGAAAGCAGACAGAGAUGGGUAUCACUGCCACCAUCGAUGAUAUACUGUGUGCCCGGUUAGGGGCUUUGUCAGAGGGCCACCCUACCCACUCUGCCCCUACCUACCCCUUCAGGCUGCACCAGGGAGGGGGCCACCAGCACAUCACCCUGCUAGAGGACGAGCCCCGCUGUCUGGACGAGGCUCCCCUCUCCACGUCCUCCCCCUGGCAGGACUCCCUGGCCAAACGCUGCCUCUGUGUGUCCAACAUCAUCCGCAGCCUCUCCUUCAUCCCUGGGAACGACUCAGACAUGUCCCAUCACCCAGGCCUGGUGCUGAUCCUGGGCAGACUGCUGCUGCUCCACCACCAGCACCCAGAGAGGAAGAGGACGCUCCCUAGCUACCAGAGAGAGGAUGUGCAGGAGCGGGGCCUGGCCUGCAGUAAGGAUGAGUGGUGGUGGAACUGUCUCGCUACACUCAGGGAGAACACCUUUGUCACUCUGGCUAACAUCUCUGGCCAGCUGGACCUGUCCCUCUACCCAGAGACCAUCUGCCUGCCCAUCCUGAACGGCCUGCUCCACUGGAUGGUGUGUCCCUCUGCCGAGGCCCAGGACCCCUUCCCCUCAGGCACCCCCCACUCGCCCCUCACCCCCCAGAGACUGGUGCUGGAGUGCCUUUGCAAGCUGAGCAUUCAGGACAACAACGUGGACCUGCUGCUGGCCACGCCGCCCUUCAGCCGCCAGGAGAAGCUGUAUGCUACCUUGGUGCGUUACGUGGGCCAGCGUAAGAACCAGGUGUACCGCGAGAUGGCCGUGGCCACCCUAUCCAACCUGGCUCAAGGAGACUCUACGGCAGCACGCGCCAUCGCCAUACAGAAGAAUAGUGUGGGUAACCUGAUGGGCUUCCUGGAGGAUGGAGUGAGCAUGGCCCAGUACCAGCAGAACCCCCACAGCAUGCUGCACAUGGCCCACCACCCCCCCAUGGAGCCCCCCAGCAUUAACAUGAUGUGUCGGGCUGCCAAAGCUCUGCUGGCUAUGGCCAAGGUGGAGGAGAACAGGCCAGAGUUUGUCCUGUAUGAGGGACGAAUCCUGGACAUCUCCAUCUCCUCUGUGCUCAACCAGGGGGUGACCAGAAUCAUAUGUGAAGUACUUUUUCAGUUUGUAAAAAAAUUAUGACAGCAGGAUAGACGGACCUGAGCCAAGAGACAGACAGAGAGACGAUGAGAGGAACACGUUAUUCUGUGGUUUUAUAUUUUUAUUUAAAUGAAAUGGAAGAACUUUUUUUUUAGAUAUAAAUAUAUAUAUAGCUCCUCUGCCCCCAUUAACGCUUUGGUUUUGGGAUUUGAAAGAUGAUUUUAAUACAGAUAUUUAAUACCUGCUGUUGUUUAAGUGUAUAUUGUUUGAAUACUUAUUUUUUCUUUGUUUUCUUUUGUUUAACCAAAGCUGGUGCCAGAUUUUGGAGAGGAUUCUUUCAUUUCAUUUUUCUCUUUUGAAAUGUUUUGGAAUUGUAUAAAUGUUCAUAUCUGUAUUGACCAUAUGUGGUUUGUUUUCUUUACAAAGAUCAUAUUUAUUUAAAUGGUGAAAAAUAUUGUAGAUUAAACUUAACUUGCCAAACUUUCAGAAAAAGAGAACACUGAUUUUAAACAAACAUGUAAAUGUUUCAAUUGCUGGAGAAAAAUGUGCAAUAGGCCAAGUGCGAGUUGUCUGUUCAUGGCACUUGCAAUAUGUAAUUUUGACCAUGGGUAGGCAGUGUUGCAUCAGCCAAUUAGAUUUUUUUUUUAACAGUGUCGAAUGUUUGACUUGCUUCAUUGUUGUCACUCAUUGCUACCACAUCCGGGAGUCAACCUUCACAAAAGAACAGUAUCUUAAGCACCCGUGUUGCAUUUAUUUUAUUUCCUUUUUAUCUCAAGUUGGCACUAUGUUCUGUAUAUAGACUGUUGUACAUUGGAACCACUUUCACUUUACAUUCACUAUCAAAAAAAGUGUCAGAUUAUUACAACUACUUUUUAUUAUUGGUGAGAUUUGUUAUUGUUAUUAUACAUAUUUUGUUAUUGGGGUCAGAUAUUUGAACCUGGAGGUUGUGUAGGUCUCUGUAUGUAUAACGUUCCUCUACGCAUUGUACUAUAGCUUCAAGCUGAUCAAAACAAUAUUUGGUCAUCAAACGUGAAAGUGCCAGGGUCAGGGAUAACUCGCUGAGGUUACAGAACUUGUGAAUAUAUUUAUUUUAUUGUAUGUCCUCCAUUCAUGUAAAUGGGUAUAUUUUUGAGCCAAGACAAUGUAGUUCAAAAAUAAACCUCAGAAAAGAACCCACAA